GACGCAUCGUUUUAAUGUAGUUGUGUGUACCCACUCCACUGACGAGUAUUAGACAGCAGCAGCACUACUAACCGCCUUCAGACACAUACCGCAAAUUGCUCGCUCGCGGUCCUUCCUUCCUUCCUGCCUUCCUUCCCACCAAAAAAUUCAGGAGGCAAAGCGCAAACUCAUUCUCUCCUUCAGAAGCUUUCUAUUUUGGGUCGCGGCUAAAAUUAAAGCAGAAUGUGACGAUUCUGUUCCUUAUGAUCUAAAGCUUCUUCUAUUGCACUGCUUCAAUUUUGGUCAGAUCUUAUCGUAGACUCAUUAUCUACUGCAUUUUACGGCUUCACUCAUGGCUGUUCCUGUGGAAGAGGCCAUUGCCGCCCUAUCUACAUUCUCACUCGAGGAUGAGCAAGCAGAGAUACAAGGACCGGGAAUUUGGGUUUCAACUGAUAGCGGCGCAACUGAUAGCCCAGUUGAGUAUAGCGAUGUUUCUGCAUAUCGCCUAUCUCUGUCAGAAGACACAAAAGCUCUCAAUCAGCUGAAUGCUCUUAUCCAAGAGGGGAAGGAGAUGGGAUCAGUGCUUUAUACAUAUCGCAGUUGUGUCAAGGCACUUCCUCAGCUUCCUGAUUCUAUGAAACAGAGUCAAGCUGACUUGUAUCUAGAAACAUAUCAAGUUCUGGACUUGGAAAUGAGUCGUCUACGUGAAAUACAGCGAUGGCAAGCGUCAGCUGCCGCAAAGCUAGCUGCAGAUAUGCAACGCUUUUCUAGGCCCGAGCGACGCAUUAAUGGCCCUACAGUAACUCAUCUCUGGUCCAUGCUGAAGCUACUUGACACUCUGGUGCAACUUGAUCAUCUAAAAAAUGCAAAAGCAAGCAUACCUAAUGAUUUCUCUUGGUAUAAAAGGACAUUCACACAAGUAAGUGUACAGUGGCAUGAUACUGAUUCGAUGAGAGAGGAGUUAGAUGACUUACAGAUUUUCCUUAGCACAAGGUGGGCUAUCUUAUUGAAUUUGCAUGUUGAGAUGUUCCGCGUGAACAACGUAGAAGAUAUCCUUCAAGUUCUUAUAGUCUUUGCUGUUGAGUCAUUAGAGCUGGAUUUUGCACUUCUGUUCCCUGAGCGGCACAUUCUUCUUCGUGUUUUGCCAAUUCUUGUUGUCUUAGCAACAUCAUCUGAAAAAGAUAGUGAGUCUUUGUACAAGAGAGUGAAAAUCAACAGGCUGAUCAAUAUAUUUAAGAAUGAUCCAGUAAUUCCUGCAUUUCCAGAUCUCCAUCUUUCUCCAGCUGCAAUAAUGAAAGAAUUGUCAAUAUACUUCCAGAAGUUUUCCACCCAAACUCGUCUUCUCAGUCUUCCAUCACCUCAUGAGCUUCCAUCUCGCGAGGCACAAGAUUAUCAGAGACAUUAUCUAAUUAUCAAUCACAUUGGAUCCAUCCGCGCAGAGCAUGAUGACUUUGCAAUUCGUUUUUCUUCCUCCAUGAAUCAGUUAUUAUUGCUGAAGUCAACAGACAGUGCUGAUAUUGACUGGUGCAAAGAAGUGAAGGGAAAUAUAUAUGAUAUGGUUGUUGAAGGUUUUCAGCUUUUAAGUAGAUGGACUGCACGCAUUUGGGAACAAUGUGCAUGGAAGUUUUCUCGCCCGUGCAAAGAUAUAGUUCCUUCCGAGUCAAAAGAGGCUUCAGCAUCAUUUUCAGACUAUGAAAAGGUGGUACGAUAUAAUUAUAGUGCAGAGGAAAGGAAAGCACUGGUUGAACUUGUUAGCUACAUAAAGAGCAUUGGAUCAAUGAUGCAGUGCAGCGACACAUUGGUAGCGGAUGCUUUAUGGGAGACAAUUCAUGCUGAGGUCCAGGAUUUUGUUCAGAAUACAUUGGCCACUAUGUUGCGAACUACCUUCCGAAAGAAAAAGGACCUUUCUAGGAUCCUUUCUGAUAUGCGGACUCUUUCGGCAGACUGGAUGGCAAAUACAAGCAAGUCUGAGUCUGGAUCCCUACAACAAGGGGGUGAAGAAAGCAAAGCAAACUUUUUCUACCCAAGGCCGGUUGCACCAACAGCUGCUCAGGUCCACUGCUUGCAGUUCCUUAUAUAUGAACUGGUGUCUGGCGGUAAUCUUAGGAAGCCUGGAGGGCUUUUUGGGAAUAGUGGAUCUGAGAUUCCUGUUAAUGACCUAAAACAGUUGGAAACAUUUUUUUACAAGCUUAGCUUCUUCCUGCAUAUGUUGGACUACUCAGUGACAGUGGCCACGUUGACAGAUCUUGGUUUCUUAUGGUUUAGAGAAUUUUAUUUGGAGUCUUCUCGUGUUAUUCAGUUUCCCAUUGAAUGCUCUCUACCCUGGAUGUUGGUGGAUUACGUGCUUGAGUCACACAAUGCAGGUAUUCUAGAGAGUGUUUUGAUGCCAUUUGACAUCUAUAAUGAUUCAGCUCAGCAAGCACUGGUUUCGCUCAAGCAACGAUUCCUCUAUGAUGAAAUUGAGGCUGAGGUGGACCAUUGUUUUGAUAUAUUUGUUUCAAAGCUUUGUGAUAGUAUUUUCACAUAUUACAAGAGCUGGGCAGCAAGUGAGCUACUUGAUACGUCAUUCCUCUUUGCAUUGGACAACGGAGAAAAAUAUUCUGUCGAGCCUAUGAGGUUUACCGCACUACUAAAGAUGACCAGAGUGAAGUUGCUUGGGAGGAUGAUUGAUUUGAGAAGUUUAGUUGCUGAGCGGAUGAACAAAGUUUUCAGAGAUAAUAUCGAGUUUCUAUUUGAUCGUUUUGAGUCUCAGGAUUUAUGUGCUAUUGUGGAAUUAGAAAAUCUGCUGGAUAUCUUGAAGCAUGCCCAUGGAUUGCUAUCCAGAGAUCUCUCAAUAGACUCAUUCAGUCUCAUGUUGAAUGAGAUGCAAGAAAACAUAUCUCUUGUGUCAUAUUGUAGUCGACUUGCUUCCCAGAUUUGGUCAGAGAUGCAAAACGAUUUCUUGCCAAAUUUCAUCCUUUGCAAUACUACCCAGCGUUUCAUCCGAUCAUCAAAGGUUCCUCUUGUUCCUAUUCAAAAGCCAUCAGUUCCCUAUGCCAAGCCUAAUUUCUAUUGUGGUACUCAAGACUUAAAUGCAGCUCAUCAGAGUUUUGCACGGUUGCACAGUGGAUUUUUUGGGAUGCCCCACAUUUUUUCAAUUGUUAGGCUUUUAGGGUCUAGAUCAUUGCCCUGGCUAAUUCGAGCACUUCUAGAUCAUAUAUCAAACAAGAUAGCUACACUGGAACCAAUGAUAACAGGACUGCAGGAAGCAUUGCCAAAGUCUAUUGGAUUGCUUCCCUUUGAUGGAGGCGUGACAGGUUGUAUGAGGCUUGUUAAAGAACAACUUAAUUGGGGAACUAAAUCACAGCUCAAAGCAGAAGUUCUUCGGGGGAUAAAGGAGAUUGGAAGUGUAUUGUAUUGGCUGGGGCUUCUUGAUAUCGUGCUGAGGGAAACAGAUACUACUCACUUCAUGCAAACAGCCCCUUGGUUGGGCUUGCUUCCUGGUGCAGAUGGACAAAUAUUGCAUUCUCAAGAUGGUGGAGAAAGCCCAAUCGUCAACCUCUUUAAAUCAGCUACUUCUGUAAUUGUGUCAAACCCUGGGUGCCCAAACCCAACUUCCUUCCACACCUUAUCAAAACAGGCAGAAGCUGCAGAUCUUUUGUACAAGGCUAACAUGAAUACUGGAAGUGUGCUGGAAUAUGCCUUAGCUUUUACUAGUGCGGCUCUGGACAAAUAUUGUAGUAAAUGGAGCGCUGUUCCCAAAACAGGGUUCAUUGACAUCACAACUUCGAAGGAUUUCUAUCGUAUAUACAGUGGUCUUCAAAUUUGGUAUCUAGAGGAUUCUGUUCGAGUACCACCAAGCAGUCAUGAAGUGCUGGGUGAUUCUGUAGCUUGGGGUGGCUGCACCAUAAUAUACUUACUCGGGCAACAGCUGCAUUUUGAGCUCUUGGAUUUUUCAUACCAGGUCCUCAAUGUUGCCGAAGUGGAGAUUGCAUCAAUUACCCAAACCCAUAAGAGCCCUCAUUUUUUCCAGGGAUGGGACGGCCUGUUAGAAGUAAUGAAGAAAGCAAGGAGGCUAAACAAUCACGUGUUCUCCAUGUUAAAGGCACGAUGCCCGCUUGAAGACAAGACAGCUUGUGCCAUCAAGCAAAGUGGUGCCCCUUUGCAUCGGAUCAAGUUCGAGAACACCGUCUCAGCAUUUGAAACACUACCACAGAAAGAGGCCUGAAUGAAUUUUGAGGUCAAAUUACGUCUUAAUAUGUUGCUUUCAUCCUUUCGGUUUCUGUUCUUAAUCAGGAUUCGAAUCAACAUUCUGUGCAUAAUUACAGAGAGAGAGAGAGAGAGAGAGAGAGAGAGAGAGAGAGAUCAUUUUGCUUGAAGAAAUUAUUAAUUAGUUGCAUAUUCUAAGGUUUUAGUUGGAUUAUUAAAAGUUAGUUAGCAGAACAACGAAAAAUUGAAAAUUAUGACAAAAGUUCUUUGGUGA